AUGGCCAUGUCGUGUCGAUACGCCGCGCAAUGCUGCGCUCGUCAAUUGCGCGUCGUGGGCUCCGCGAGAGCCUCUGCACAGAUGCUUCGAGUUUCUUCUUUAACGAGGUUCAACUCGACAGAUGCCGCUCCAACCAACCCUAAGAUUGCCGAAAUUGUCGAUCAAAUCAGCCAAUUGACCCUGCUGGAGACUGCAGACCUGGUUUCGAGUCUCAAGAGUAAACUCAACAUUCCUGAUAUGCCCAUUGGUGGCUUUGCUGCUGCCGCCCCUGCUGCUCCCGCCGCCGUUGAGGAAGCUGAGGAGGCUGCCCCCGCCGCUGCUGAGAAGUCUCUCUUUACCGUGAAGCUGCAAGCGUUUGAUGCCGCCGCGAAGGCGAAAAUCAUCAAGGAGGUCAAGAGCUUGCUGGGGCUUAGUCUAGUAGAUAGCAAGAAGUUUGUGGAGAGCGCGCCCAAGGUGAUGAAGGAGAAUGUUGCCAAAGAGGAGGCUGAGAAGAUGAUUGCUACCUUGAAGGAGCUUGGUGCCACGGUCGUCAUGGAGUAG